CCGGCGGCCGCUGGGGGCUCCCGCCCGCCCGCGGCCCGUCCCGCCAUUACUGGCAUGGAGGGCGAGAGCACCUCGGCCCUGCUCUCGGGCUUCGUGUUCGGCGCCCUCACCUUCCAGCACCUCAGCACCGACUCAGACACGGAAGGUUUUCUCCUUGGAGAUGUGAAAGGUGAAGCCAAGAACAGCAUCACAGACUCACAAAUGGAUGAUGUUGAAGUUGUUUAUACAAUUGACAUACAGAAGCAUAUUCCAUGCUACCAGUUGUUCAGCUUUUAUAAUUCUGCAGGAGAACUGAAUGAACUUGCCCUGAAGAAAAUACUGUCAGGCUGUAAGAAGAGUGUAAUAGGAUGGUACAAAUUCAGACGUAACACAGACCAGACCAUGACAUUCCGGGAAAGAGUUCUUCAUAAAAACCUCCAGUCACACCUAUCAAAUCAGGGGCUUGUAUUCCUCCUUUUAACCUCUAGUGUGAUGACAGAAAGUUGUUCUACUUACAGAUUGGAACAUGCUCUGCAUCGGCCUCAGGAAGGACUUUUCCAGAAAGUCCCUUUGGUGGUUACCAACUUGGGCAUGGCAGAACAGCAAGGUUACAGAACAGUGUCCGGUUCCUGUGUAUCCUCUGGUUUUGUGAGAGCCAUGAGACAACACAGGUCAGAAUUCUUCCAUGAAGAUGGGUCCCUACAAGAGGUUCACAAGAUAAAUGAGAUGUACGCCACCUUGCAGGAGGAACUGAAGAAAAUAUGCAUUACAGUAGAAGUCAGUGAACGAUCUGUAGAGAAACUCUUAGCAGAGGUGGGCCAAUUAAAAGAAGAAAUAAAGAGGAAAAAGCAACAAAAUUGUUUGGGAGAAGACAAAAAACACCCAGCAGAGCCAAAGGAGAAUGUUCUCCUCUGCCAGGCACUGCAAACAUUUUUCCCCAAUUCCAGACUUCAGACAUGCAUUGUUUCCUUCAAAGGCCAACAGAUAUCCAAGAACUGCUGUAACACAGACCAUCAUAUUAAUGUCAUGGACAAACUGACUCUCAUGGUAGAGGAAAGAGACUUCACUGAAGCUGAAACAAGGCAUCUAAACAAGCGUAAGGUCAGGGGGACCACAUCAGUUUCAAAGUCAUUCAAGAAGUCCAGAUCAUUGCAGCUUCACCAAAUGCCACUUCAAGACCAAGAGGACAGUGACCAGGAAAGGAAGCUAACGCUGAGCAGCGCAGAAACAGAUGAGGAUGUGUUUGAAAAAAACAGAGAUGCAAAGGAAUACCCACACUCUCCUACUUUCUGAGCUGUCUGUCAGAUGACUUCAUGCCAAAAGCUGCUGCUGGUGUAUUCCAGUGAUGUAUCAAUCUCUAGCACUGCAAGGAUGUAUAUAACAGGGCAUUUUUGCAGGUUGUUUUUUUUUCCCAGUGCACAAAUCCUGUUCAGUAUAAAGAUACAUCCAAGAUAACAUUCCCUCACUUUGCCUUCCAGAGUUCCAUCUGUUUUCUCUCUCUCAGGGUUCAAAGCCUAUGCUACAGGAUGCUAUCAGUCAGAUAAACAUGUCACAUACUGCCUCAAAGUCAUAAAACUUCAAGCUGCUGGUGAAGAAAGUGCCACCCUCCUGAUGCAGGGAGCAUCAAAUGAACAUGUUACAGAAUUAGCUGUCCACAUGAACUGCCACAGUUUAGAUACACUAAUUUAUCCUCAGGAAACCAGCUUGUUUACAUCUCCACAUCUUACAACGCAGCAAGGGGAAAAACAGUCACCUGAGCUUUAGCAAGACUGGUGAGCAGAGGGA